UUCAACCACAAAUAAAAAGCACCGAGGUAACCAUACUGCAAGGGUCAAUGAAAAUCAUAGGAGAAUGUUCACGGAUAAUUGUCAACGUUGUCGCAAACGACGAGCUGGGCUUCUAUUGCCGGAAAUGCGCCAUUCCGAUCUGCCUUCGCUGCAAGGUGACGGUGCACGAGCAGAACACGACGGGGAACCUGUCGGAUGUGGCGUUCGAGAUCCGCGUGCUGCUGACGGACAUGCUGAAGUGCGCACAGGGGGUGCUGCCCAAGUUCCACGGGCACUUCAACGAUAUGACGUACUACAGCGACCAUCUGGAGAAGGAACGCGAGAAGCUGAAGGAGGAGAUUAUUGAACAGGUUCGAUCGGAAUUGUUUUUGUAA